AGGAAGCAGCGGGCCUCUGCACUCUCUAGCCCCGCCCUCCGUCAGCUGUCAGUCGGCCGCCUGCAGACUUCGUCCUGCCACCUCCAUGGUUCCGUCUGCGGUCCUGUAGCUUCCUCCGACAUGGGGGACAACGACGACAUCAUCGAGCACCACGUCGAGGAGGAGAUGGAGAAGAAGAGCGGCCGCAGCCACGCAGCGUCCUCCUCCUUCCUGCUGGAGUCCGUCGAUCCGUCCGACCGGGAGGCCCACAGCGGCACCCAGUCCUCCCACAGACUGCUGGCCUACAGCGACGCCCUCAUCUCCAUCAUCGCCACCGUCAUGAUUUUACCCGUUGCUCACACCAAAGUGGAGGAUAACGAGGAGUUGAGGCAAAGCGUUCAGCUUCUGCUCACUGCAAAGAUCGCGGUUUACUUGAUGACGUUCCUCAUUGUGAGUGUUGCCUGGGCCGCUCAUAUCAGAUUAUUUCAGGUGAUUGUGCGUAUCGAUGACUGUCUCGCUCUGCUGAACCUCGCCUGCAUGAUGCUGAUAACCUUCCUGCCGUACACGUUUUCUUUAAUGGCGACCUUCACUGACAACGUCCUGGGGAUUUUACUGUUUUGUGGUUGUGUGAUGGUGAUCGGCGUCAUUCAGUCGCUGAUCGUGUUGUAUGCCUUCAGUCGGCCCUUCCUGCUCAAUGAACAGAUCCAGAUCUCAGAGAACCAGAACUACUACAAACACCACAUCCUCCAAGUCAUCAUGAGGGUUCCCAUCAUGUGCUUCUUUGCCAGCAUCGUCUCCUUCAUCUUCUUCCAGCUGUCCUAUGUUCUCUUGGCCAUCAUCAUCUUCCUGCCCUACAUCUCACAGUGUUUGAAGUGGUGUCGCAGCAAAGCCAUCGGUCAAGUGGAGGACACUCCAGACUCCAUGUUGUUUUACACCUACCUGCCCAACGAACCCCUCAGCAAAGAGCGGGUGGAGGCUUUCAGUGAUGGAGUUUAUGCCAUCGUAGCAACGCUCCUCAUCCUGGACAUAUGUGAGGACAACGUUCCCGACCCGACAGUUGUCCAGAAGCAGUUCGGCGGCAGCUUGAUCGCGGCGCUGCAGGUCUACGGCCCGGAGUAUCUCGCCUACUUCGGCUCCUUCGCCACCGUCGGCCUCCUCUGGUUCGUCCAUCACUCGCUCUUCCUCCACGUCACCAAGACGACGCGCUUCAUGGGCCUCCUCAACACCUUCUCUCUGGCAUUCGUCGGAGGCUUGCCGUUGGCCUACCAGCUAACGCACGAGUUCCCACGCAACUCCCGCAACGAGCUGGAGGCCAUCCAGAUCAGCUGCGUGAUCAUUUUCUUCGCGGGAAUAUUUCAGCUGGCCAUCUGGGUGGUGGCGCUUUACAACGAGCAGGAGACGCUGCAUCCUUACGUACGGUACGGCGGACGCGAGCACGUGUUCAUGCUGGCUAAGCUAGCCCUGUACCCCUGCGUAGCUUUGGGGACGUUCUUCCUCACGUGCAUUUUGAGUAAAUUUAGCGCUCAAAUUUUCCACCUGAUGGAGAUCACGGUGCCUUUUGCUUUUCUGGUGUUGAGGAUCUUAGUGCGCAUCGGACUCGCGUUGCUGAGGCUGAUUUUCUGCCCGGACAGGCCCGAUCCGAGGACGGUGGUAGAGGAGGAAGGUGAUGAAACAAGAGUGCCAUUUAACGCUUUAGUUACUUAGCUAGCUUAAUGGGAAGUCCCCACAGAAAAUGAAGAUUAAGGUACAGAUAAGAGUUGCUGCUUAGGUUUUACCUCUCAUCAAGAGAAUGUUGGGAUUCAAAUCAGGAACAAAAUCGGAGGCGGUUUGUUGUUUAGUUCAACAUCUCGAUUGGGAACUGGUGCAAAUGGGAUUAGAUGUGACCGUCCAUGUGGAAGGAGAAGUCUAGGUCCUGUAGAGGUGAAGAAAGCUGUAGUGAUACUGAAAGCCAAAGUCGACCGAUUCAUUUCAUUUUGUAAACAGUAACAUGAAGAACAAGCUAAUUCUAGUUUGAUCACUUUUUGCUGGCUUUCAUUGAGAUCAGCCUCUCAACACUCUUUUUGUGCAAAAUACAGUCCGUCCAGCUGCUGUGGGUUUAAUCCAGCCUUUAGUCGUGUAUUUUUUUAACCCUCUAAUCACGUUCGGACACAUUUAGCUGCAAAAAGCUGUGCAUGAGUGCCGACGACAGAAGUAUUGUGUUGCAGGGAAACUCAAGCACAAACAGGCGAGGGUUUAAGUCUGGGCACUUUAAACUUUAUACUGGUAAGAAAAGGCCAUAAACUUUGAAAUUGCACUAUUUGAAAGUGUUUUCAGUCAGAUAUGUGUGUGAUAGCUACAGGAAUGUACUCAUCUUUUCCAAUUCAUUUCAGUGUUGCAUCAUAUUUAAAUACUAAAGGAAGACUGUCAGUCCCUCCUGAAACUGUACAUGCUAACUUAGUAAAGGAUUAUGAGUGGCUGUUUCACAUUUUGUUUCCAAAAUACUGACGUCAGGUUUUCUUGAAAAGUCAGGAGUUGCAUUUAUAAAACAGAAGUAGUCCUGAUUAAGUGGAGAGCUUUGUGGGGGGGG